AUGAGCUCCACCUGGAUGAGGCUUGACUUCACCGUCACCCCUUCACCGAGGACGGCGGCUGCAGCAACCCGGAGUCUUGACAAUGACUCAGCCUCGCCAGGGCUCCGAUUCAACUGCAGCCGCACAUUGGGUAAUGUGCGUCUUUCUCAUGAACCUGAUGUUCAUGUCGAGAGUAUAAGCGUUCACGCCCGUCCUGAAUUUCCUCAUAACGGACGCGUUCGACUCCCCAGUCCCCGAUUUGAUCACUACGACCAUUGCCUUAGCCGCGGCGGCGAGCCUAGUCAUCUGCCCAUUAUCUGUGCAUAUAUUUCGACGCACUACCCGCAAGAACCCUUCUCGAAGGGUUUGCUCUUUCUUAUUUCACUCGUUCGUUUCUCUUCUUCAUUAAUUUAUUAUAUUAAUAAUAAGCUUUACACAGAAAAACAAAAAAGGCCAUAUUCUUUACUAUUCUUUACUAAUACCUACAUUUUUUCCUUUUUCUGUUUUCCGACAUUUUAUUCCGGUUAUUCCCAGAUAUUAUAAAAUCCACUUGAAAAAUCAAAAAAUGGCCUUCCUAAAUUAUCAUAGAGAUAAAAUUUCCUUUCAGAAAAUAAGUUACACUCACAAGCUAAAAUAGUACAUUACACUAAAUUUUUUUUUGACAAUUUUUAAUUUCUAAUAAACCUUCUGUUAAAUUGUCAACCUUUUCUGUUUAGCCUAACAAUUUUAUCCAUGAGAACCUAUCAAAUAAAAAUUAUGUACAUAAAAAACUCGCAAAAUUAAAAUGAUUAUGAAUAGCAGAAAAAUGGCUCAAAUUUUUUGAAAAUUUUACCGCGUAUAGAAAAGGCAAGUUUAAAUAUUCUAUCUAAAUUUAAAGUCUCUAUGUAUAUUAUUUUAAACUGAAUGACAACAAAAGAACAAAAUUUAAAAUAAUAAAACUAUUACCUAUUUUCGUAAAUUGUCCUGUUCUUUUAACGUUUUUUUCGGUUUUGUUUAAUUAUUUAAAAACUACUGGGAAAAUCAAAAAACGACUUACAUAGAUAAGAUACCAACUAGUUUAAAAAUAUGACAAAAAAAAGAUCUUUUGUUAUAUUUCUAUUGGAGCAAUAUUUCUGCUAAAAAACAUAAAGCAUUAACAUUUUAAAUAAUUAAAUCAUAUGCAGCUUAUUGAGUCUUAUGAGGAAGAAAUGUCAGGAGGUUAGGUUAGGCUACCCGGACCACGCACCGUUGGUCUAAUAUCGGCGGAGUGACAGCGACUUCAGAUAUAUGGAUUAGCUAUGAUAUGAGCCACUACGAAUCUGGCUGAAUAAGCAGUCAUGGACAGCACAAAAAUCAGGGUAGGGUGGGCUUUUUCGCCUUGACCUACUAGGAGGUCAGACCUCAAAAAACGGCAGCUAAGGUUGGCUCACCUUAAUGGUCAUAAACAACCUCGUAAGACAAAGAACUGGAUUGGGAUGGUUUUUAAUCGAAACGCUCUAUUUCUGUAACCUCUGACGGCGAAGAACUAGCUAUAGUUGAUGACUUUGACGAUGGAGCUGGAAGAAGGUCAAAUGAAAGAAGACGAUUGGAAGCCAAAUUCGAUAAAUGGAGAGAAUUAGCCACAAAACUAGACGAAGAAUUGGGUGGAAAAAUGUACGAAAUGUAG